AUGUCCGACGCAGCAGAGAUCCUGUUUGGCGCCUGGGGCCGCGAAAUCGUCACUGUCGCGCAGAUCAUCUUCUUCAUCUUCCUGAUGGGCGCUCACAUCCUGACGUUUUCAAUCAUGAUGAAUACUCUCACUGACCACGCUGCUUGCACCAUCCUCUUCUGCCUUGUUGGUGCCGUCUUGUCCUUUGUCCUGACUCUGUCGAGACGGCUACAGGAGGUUUCCUAUCUUGGCAUACUAUCCUCCCUAUCUAUCUUCAUCGCCGUCCUAAUCACAGUAAUCGCAAUCGGCAUCCAAGCCCCGGACCCAACAGCCCACGCAAUCCGCCACCCCCCACUGCUGUCCGCCACCUCGGCCGCCCUAAACAUCAUCACUGCGUACGGCGGCCACCUCGCCUUCUUCAGCUUCCAGUCCGAGCUCGCAGAGCCCAAGGAUUUCACAAAGGCCCUCGUCACCCUCCAGGUUACAAACACAACCAUCUACCUGAUUACUGCGGUCGUUAUCUACCGGUACGCCGGUGCGGCCGUCAAGAGUCCCGCGCUGCUGAGUACAAGCGAUACGGUCUCCAAGGUGGCAUUCGGUAUCGCGAUCGGGACGAUCGUGAUUUCCGGCGUGAUCAUCGCCCACGUCGGCGCCAAAACCAUCUACGUGCGGCUAUUCCGGGGCACGGGCCGGAUGAACGAGCGCUCGCUGGUCUCGUACGGAACGUGGGUGGUCAUCGUGCUGAUCUCGUGGACGAUUGCGUGGAUCGUUGCGAAUGCGAUUCCCGUGUUCAAUGACCUGCUCACCCUCCUCGCCGCGGCGUUUGGGAGCUGGUUCUCAUUUGGACUGGAAGGGUUGUUUUGGAUGCAUUUGAACUGGGGGGAGUUGUCGAGCGCGAGGUCGGCGAGGAAGGUGGCCCUUGCCGGGUUGAAUGUGUUUUUGAUUCUUCUCUGCUGCUUGAUGUGUGGAAUAGGGCUUUGGGCGGCCGGCCAGGGGAUCUCGCUUAGCGCGAAGAAUGCGCAUUCGGCUUUCUCUUGUGCCGAUAAUAGGUAG